AUGUAUGAUUUACGUCGAAAAGAAUACCCAACAUUUCCUCAGUCAUUAAAUAGUGCUAUCACACAACUUAAAGAAAUGCAAAACGAAGAUCGCUUUAGAUUUAAAAACGAAAAGUUUAUUCAUGUUUCUGAAAAUCAAAACUUCAUUUGUAUUACGACGAGAACAAAUAUUAAUUUACUCACACAGUGUGAUGAUAUAUUUAUAGAUGGCACAUUUGAAUACGCUCCUAAACAUUUUUUACAACUUUAUACAAUCCAUGGAUUUAAAAAUGGUUUUUAUAUACCACUUGUAUAUUUCUUUUUACCCGAUAAAUGUGAAGAAACUUACAUUCAAAUGAGGGAGCCUUUAAUAUGUUUUGAAUAUUUAUCCAUUAGACUAUGUAUCCACACAUUACAUGUGGAUUUUGAAAAAGCUGCACAUGAAGCCGCGAAAACUAUGUUUCCUGGAAUAUCUAUCAAUGGGUGUAGAUUCCAUUUAGGUCAGGCAUGGUGGCGUAAGAUUCAAGAACACAAUAUUUUAAGAACUUCAUAUAUGAUUGAUGGAGAUGAAUUAGGCAUUUGGUUAAAAUCAUUUUUUGGAUUACCGUUUCUCCCAGUGGAAAAGGUUGAAGAAGGCUUUUUAGAAUUCAUGAGUACGUGUCCAAACGAAAAUGAAGGCUAUAUAUUUUCUGAUUACAUACUUAAGUCGUACAUAGAAUCUGGUUGUUUAUUCCCCCCUGAAUUAUGGGCAAGUGAACCUUCAUUUAGUCCAAGAACCACGAAUGGAGCAGAAAGUUUUCAUAAAAUGUACAACGGACAAUUUCACAGUGAUCACCCACCAACGCAUGUAGUAAUAUCUGUACUAAUGGAAAUACAAGCCGAAACUAUGACAAAAAUUAAUUCAAUUGCUAGAAACGUGCACAGUAAAAUGGGAUCAUCCGAUUUAAAACGUAAAUGA